AUGGCAAAUCAACAGAAUCAUAUUGAGCUCACAUAUAAAACUAAUUACCCACCGCCUGCCAAGGUAAGACCUGUUAAGUCAGGCAUAGAGGAGUUACCCCAUGACUUUCAGGAAGUAUCAGAAAAAGGAAAGGUUGAUAGCGAAAUAACACAGCAGCUGAAAAGCCUGGAGGAAAGGUUAAGGUCAGUAGAGGUGGAGCCAUUCUACGGAAUGGACGUAAGGAAGUUAAUCUUGGUUUCUGACCUCAUAUUUCCCCUGAAGUUCAAAGCGCCAGACUUUGAAAAGUACGAUGGGACCACUUGCCCAUCUGCCCAUCUCACAAUGUUCUGCAGGAGGAUGGCUGACUAUACUGAGAACGAGAAGCUUCUGAUCCACUACUUUCAGGAUAGUUUGAUUGGAUCGGCGGUUAAAUGGUGUAACCAGUUAGCCAAGUCCUAUAUCAAAUCAUGGAGGGAUUUGGCCCGAGCAUUUUUAGAGCAGUAUCGUCACGUCACUGACCUGGUACCUGACAGGUGGACGCUACAAAAUAUGGAGAAACGACACAGCAAAACUUUUAGGCAAUACGCUCAAAGGUGGCGUGAUGUGGAAUCCCAAGUGCAGCCCCCAUUGCUAGAAAAAGAGACUACAGUCAUUUUUGUGAAUACCCUGAAAGCUCCGUAUCUGGGGCAUCUGUUAGUAUAUGCUACCAAGAAUUUUGUCGACUUGGUCAUUUCUGGUGAGCUAAUCGAGAAUGCCAUUAGGAAUGGCAAGAUUGAAGGAGGGAAAGGGUCAAAGAAACCCUAUUUUAAGAAAAAAGAAAGCGAGGUGAACCAUGCAAGCAUUCACCAUAAGAACUAUGAUGCCAGUGUUACAAUCACCCAACCUAGGGCAGAGAAGGCAAACACUUAUGAGAAUAGGGUGCCGAGAAGAGAGAAUACGAGACAAGCUUUCUCACCAGUGCCAGUACCGUACUUAGAAAUUUACGCCUCACUUUUGAAGGUAGAUCUAAUGUGUCCCUACAAGUUAACACCGAUGCAGUCACCUUACCCGCAUUGGUAUAAUGCCAACGCUCAGUGUGAUUACCACACAGGGAUCGUUGGGCAUGAUAUUGAGAAUUGCUCAGUUUUCAAGAUGGUUGUACAAAACUUCAUCAAUGCUGGAGAUUUUGAAUUCAAAACACCAGCCGCAAGUGCUCACCCCCUUCAAAAUCACGGAGGGCAAUUAAUCAAUAUGAUAGAUGAAAGAGAGAUCUGA